AACAAUAAACACAUUUCUGACGGGUAUAUUUAGUUAGUGAGACUGUAUUGGAAAGGAAUAAUGAAGUGUUAGCACAAUAACGGCAGUUGUGGUGUUUGUGAUGCGCUAGGUUGGUCAGAAAGCGGAGGUUUUCCAGCGCGCGGGCACGCGGUUGUUUGGCGCGAGUUUUCAAAGCUCGGCUCGUUUAAAUGGGACGUUUUGCAGCUAGUUAGCUGUCCGGAGACCGCUUUGUGCUUUACUAAGUUUACCACGUCGCUAAACUAUUACUGACUGAACUUAAGAUCAAAUGUGUUGACUGUAGUUUGUCUUGAACGAUGCCGGAGUCAACAUUAGUUAUCUACCUGGUGUUCCUGCGUUGUUAUGGAAACGGCAGCAAUAAUGUUCAUUAACGCCGAGUAGACGUGAAGAGAACCAGCUAAGCAAAGGAAACCGUCGGCCCGAUCUUCUCUGCGACAGACCGUGAAACAUGUCUAUAGACUUUGACGCUGCAGCUCUUCAAACUCAGCAGGAUGAAGAAGAAUACGACCAAGAGGACUAUGCCAGGGAGCAAGAGCUGCACCAGCUGCUCACAGACCUGCCCGAUGACAUGCUGGAGGACAGCAGAGACUCCUCCUCCCCCGAGCUGGAGUGCUCUACCUGCAGCAAUAAAAACACAGGCAGCAGCCCACAGUCCAAGUGGACUAACCAGUGGCCUGAUCAUGGAGGACCAACCUCCCACGCUCAGAACUAUGAAGAGGAUUACGACCAAGGCAUUCACCAUGAGUAUGUCCCUGAGGACGGAGACGCUGGCCCUCAAGCUCAACCACGGCCUCACACCUGGGACCGGGAUCAGUUUGUACGGGACGGUUACACGGGCACGGGCAAAUGUGUGGAGACGAGUGACUUUUCUGCUGACUUUGAUUCUGAGCCGUACCCUGAGAGCGCUGCACACCACACGGGGCACGAUGGAGACGGGGGGUACGAGAGAGAGCAGCGCAACGGCGGUCAAGACACCAGAAAUGCUUUUCAAAACCUGCACUCUGGACCACAGGACCGGGGUGUAAAUCCUUACCAGGCCCACUACCACCCUCAUCAUCCCGCCCCUCUGCCCCAGGCGUUCAGCUCGCAGGCAGGUCAACAGACGGACCCGUUUGAGCAUCUGCAGAGAGAAUUCUUAGAUUCUGCUCAACAAACUGCUGACAAGGAACGACUUGCGCAGCUGCAGAUUUUGAACAAAGCUCAACAGAGACAAAUUGAAGACUUGGAGCGAAAGCUGGAGGACUCUCGACGCAACAUGAGAUACCUGGAGCAUCAGUUCGCCAUCGUCAAAGAUGAGAAGGACGGCCUUGCGCUAAGUCUAAAGGAAUCAAGUCAGCUGAUUGAAGAAGCCAAGGAAAGAGAGGUUCAAAUGCAAAACAAGCUGAAGGCGAUGGAGCAGCAAGUGCAGACCCUCUGUCAAAGAGACCAGGAGAACAUGAAGAAACAGAGAGUGGCAGACGCUGCGGUGGACGCCAUGAAGCAGCAGAUGCUGGAGCUUCGCCGCUCCGACAUCCUGUCCAGAGCGCGGGAGCAGCACGACAGGGAUCUCGCCGUCAUCAAGGAGCAGCACGACGCUGCACUCUUGGGCCUGCAGCAGAAGCUGGACGCCACCUCUCAGUCGUUAAGCGAACAGAUUGGUGUUGGUGAGAAAUUACGGGAACACGUGAAGCUGUUGGAGCACCAGAGGGAGGAGGAGCAACUGGAGAGAGCCCGAAUCGUCAACGCACUGAGCCAGCGCCUGGAGGAGACUCAACAGCAGUGUGCCAAGAUGCUGCACACGAAUUCAGCUCAAGCGAUGGCUGAAAUGGAAAUCAAACUACAACAGACUCAGUCUGCCAGGGCGCUGGGCGAAAGCAUGAACUCAGUCCUGCAGGAGGACAUGGCUGAUCUGAAGGAGCAGAUCACUUUGUAUGAAUCUGCUGUGAAAAAUGGCGUUAUUGCGUUGGACCACAGCAGUGACUGGGAGAACCAUCUGUCUGACUCCUGCGUGGAUCUGGGUUUGAAGACGCACAGGAAGAACGGCAGGCUUCAGAGUCCUGCUCUGGCUCACCUGCCGGAGUCCCGGCUGCCCAAGGAGGAGGCGGUGCGGCUCCUGCGACUGGAGAUGCAGCGCUGCCUGGGAUGCUUGAAGGGGAAGCGGCAGAAGAUCAGUCGGCUGCAGGAGCAGCUCCAGCAGCUUCAGACCCGACUCGACGAGCAGCAGAUCCAGUUGGACGAAGCCAGACUCAACAAUUCAAGCAAAGAGAUGAGCCAGAAACAUUUGGAUUUGACUGUCGACUCUCAUAAAGAGCUGAAGAGACUCCAGGAGGACAAACAACACUUACAGGAACAAGCAGAGUUGUUAGAGAAGAAGAACAAGGAGCUGAAACAGAACGAGGAGAAGCUGAGGUCGGCCAAUUCUGAGCUGUGCAGCAAGAUGAGAGAGAUGAUCCAGGAGCUGGACCAGGAAAAGCAGGAAGCAGCUCAGAGAUCUGAGCGAAUUAAUCAGCAGUACAGAGACGAUGUGGUGAAGCGAGUCAGAACAGAACUGGCGCUGGAACACGACGCUCAGGUCCAGCAGCUGACUGCACUGCACCAGCAGCAGGUCCAGCAGCUGACAAACCAGUUGUCGGAAAUCAGCGAUAAGAUGUUGGCUGUGCAGGAGUGUUACAUAUCUGUCUGCAAGGAGAAGAGCUUGCUUGAAGAAAAGGUCUCCAGAGAGACGGAGGAGGCAGCGAUGGAUGGAGGGAGCAGUACAGCGGCGGAGAGGUUGAGGAGCGAACUUGAGGCACAACAUCAAGCUGCCAUCAAGCAGCUCAGAGCAGUCUGGUCUACGGAGAAAGAGACUGAACUCCAGCAUCAAGUGACGUCUCGUGUAGCUUCAGUCGAAGAUCAAUGGAAGGAGAAACUGAUGGAGACUGAAAAAACGUGGGCCCAGAGGGUGGAGGAAGCUAAGAAAGAGAGACAAAGAGAGACGGUUGAGGCGACUUGUCAAAUAGACGAGACCGAAGCCGGCAGAAGGAGCAUCUCUGCGGAAGAGCUGGAGUCCAGGCUCUCUGCCCAGAAACAGCAGCUGCAACUGGAAGCUGACAAAGUGCGAAGCAAAGCUGUGGAGGAGGCCAGGAAACUGCUCCAGCGGGAGUUACAGGAGAAGCACCUGGAGGACAUGGGCAGGCAGGUGGAAGGUGCGGUGACCCGGGCCUAUAAUCGCUGGGUGGAGGAUCUGUCUUCGCUACCAGAGUACCAAAGCUCUCUCCAAACAGAAAGGGAGAAGUGGGAAGAGUUGCAAGAAGAGCUCGUACAACAACGGGUGUCGCGGGCCCUCGAGGAGGCGGAGGAGCAAUGGGACAAGAAGCACAACAGACAACUCAGAGAGCGCAGCUCUGGAGCUCCGGGAGUGGAGGAGCUUCAGGAGGAGCUGGUCGCUCUCAAGAGCCAGUCAGAGCGAGCAUCCAAGGAGCAGGCCGCCCUGCUGAAGGCCGAGCUGACUGCAGCCAGAGCUGCCUGGAAUAGAGAGAAGCAGCAGGAGAUCUCCGUGCUCCAGGUCCGGAGAGAGCAGGCGCACCAGUCCAAGCUGCAAGAGCAGAGGAAAGAGCUGGAGCAGGCGGUGCAGCAGGCCAGAGACGACGCCGCCCUCCAGAGGACGGAGCUGCUCCUGCAGGUGGAGGCGCGAGAGGAAGAGUGGAGACGCCAGCACGCAGAGAGGGAGCCGGCCCAGAGCCGGCAGCUGAGAGAUGGAUUUGUAGCAGAGCUUCGGUCAGCGCUGGCAGACGUCCACGCUCAGCUUCUCAGGGCUCCUGAAAACGGCAGAAGAGCCAGCGGCUCCACAUCAGAGGCUACAGUUACUCACAUCAUCCACAACUCGUGCAGAGAUCUGGUGAGCAGAGCUGUAGCAGAGGCCAGCAGGGACUGGGAGGAGAUGAGUCAAGAGAAGCUACGCCGUGUCUUAAAAGAAACUGUAGAACAGCACGAGAAAGAAAUCAACAAAAUGCAAAGCUCGUCAUCCCAGAGGACAGAGCCGUCUCGUUGCAGGAAGGAGUGCACUGUAACUGUGAGUAAGCUGCAGAAGAAGAACCAAGAUCUGCAGAGACAUCUGGAGAAGGCCUGCCGCCAACUUCAGCACAGCAUCCGCGAGCACAAGACCACCAUGCAGCAUCUUAAAGAUGAGCAUGAAAGCAGCUUACGAAAGGCAGAAGAACAACAUCUGCAGCAGCUGGAGGAAGUGAAGAGAACCAAGGAAACCUCGAGUUGUGAGCAGCAGAAGCUUCGUCAAGGCCUCGAGGAGAUGAAGCAGCAGUAUCUGACGACGGUGGAGAACAUCAGAGGAGACAUGUUGCGCUACCUUCAGGAGAGUCGGGAGCGUGCAGCGGAAACGAUCCGCAUGGAGGUGCAGAGAGAGAGGCAGGACACUGCCAGGAAGAUGCGGCGCUAUUAUUUGACCUGUCUGCAGGAGCUGCUGGAGGACGGCGGGAAGAUUACAGGCGCUGAAAAGAAAAUAAUGAAUGCUGCAAGCAAGCUGGCGGCCAUGGCUAAAGUGCUGGAGACGCCCUUCAAAAGCAAAUCUGGGAAGAGUUGCGCUUCACGGAGCUGUCCAACGACCGUGUCCACUGCUGCCACUGGCGGUCCGCCGGGUGGAGACGCGGCUGUCAGGAGGGUCCUGUCGGCGCUAACCGGACCUCCCGGUUCCAGGCCGGGGGAGACUUCUGCUGAUUCCAGGCAGAAACCAGCCGUUGCAGUCGGGACUAAACCUUUGAGCCACCGGGACUCUCCUGCGUCUCAGGAGAUCCUAGGAGAGUCGUCCCACAUCCCAACUCCCCCUCACAAACCCUCUCUUCACGCUUCUCAACCCCACAGGGAUUUAAUCAGUGUGUCUGGGACCGGUAACAGGAAGGAGUUGCAUCUGCGGGGACGUGAUCCGAGCAGAGCUGGAGGCAAAGCCUUGGUGGUGCAGGAGGCUCCUGUUAGGGAUCAGAACCGGCCUGACUGGACCACGUCUAGCUGUGACUCUGACACGGGCCAGAGGAGAGUCGAACCAGCGAGGCCCUUUUCUGUAUCUGCAGGAGAGUUUGGCAGUCUGGUCACAGACGGGUCGGACCCGACCGCUCACAACCAAGUUCCCAUGAAGUGGGCUCAGACGGGAAGCUUUCCCGGAGCUCACAGAGAGCCCACUCCUGGAUCCGAGUGUGAGAGCCGGCAGCGCGUUUGUCCCAGGCCUUUGUUCUCUGAGCUGAGGCAGCGCCAGCAGGACAGCGGCUUUGACAGUCCGUUCCUGCAGCAGAAGUGAGGUGAGCCGGGUCAGAACACUUGGAGACAGAUUAUUCACUCGUGCCUUUAAUGUGGUGUAUGAUGUUUACAUGGUGUCGAGCAGAUAAACCCAAACUCCGGAGAAGAACGCAAAGAGCCGCUGCUCAGUCUGGUUUUGUUUUGGUACUAGCGGGUCACGAGCCUCCCAAACCAGGACCAGGUCUCAGGUCUGGUUGAACCCGCUCAUCCAGGGAGGAGGUUCCUCUGGUUCUGGGUGCUGGUCGGAGCGACCAGUCGCCCAGAGGGCUGUCGUUCCUGCCCCACUAACAAGCACCCGGGUUCUCGGGGGGUUUGAGGGUUUUUAUGUUGAUUGUUUUGCACCAAACUUGUAAGAUAUGCUGUGCAGAGAUUAUAAAUGCUUUUAUACAUGUG